AUGUCGUUUGUCAAGCUCAGCAUCUUCGGCACAUCGUUCGAGGUAACGACUCGCUAUGUUGAUCUUCAACCGGUGGGAAUGGGUGCCUUUGGCUUGGUGUGUUCCGCCAAAGACCAACUCAAAGGAACCUCAGUCGCUAUCAAGAAGAUUAUGAAGCCGUUCAGUACCCCUGUGCUGGCCAAGCGGACGUAUCGUGAGCUCAAGCUGCUGAAACACAUCCAACACGAAAACAUCAUCAGCCUGAACGACGUAUUCAUCUCGCCGCUGGAGGAUCUUUACUUCGUCACCGAGCUAUUAGGGACUGACUUGCAUCGCUUAUUGAGUUCGCGGCCAUUAGAGAAGCAGUUUAUUCAAUACUUCUUGUACCAAAUCUUGCGAGGAUUGAAAUACGUACAUUCAGCUGGUGUAGUCCAUCGCGAUCUAAAACCGAGCAAUAUCCUCGUGAACGAGAAUUGCGAUCUUAGGAUAUGCGACUUUGGACUUGCUCGAAUCCAAGACCCCCAAAUGACGGGAUACGUAUCAACGCGUUACUACCGUGCCCCCGAAAUCAUGUUGACAUGGCAAAAAUACGACGUCGCUGUUGACAUCUGGAGUACAGGCUGCAUAUUCGCAGAGAUGUUGGAAGGAAAGCCUCUCUUCCCUGGCAAAGAUCACGUCAACCAAUUUUCUAUCAUAACCGAAUUAUUGGGAACGCCUCCCGAUGAUGUCAUCAAAACCAUCUGCAGUGAAAACACGCUUCGCUUCGUGCAAAGUCUGCCAAAGCGAGAGCGGGUGCCGUUCAGCCAGAAACUCCGGACGACAGAUCCAGAUGCUCUCGAUCUACUGGAGAAGAUGCUUGUCUUCGAUCCUAGGAAACGGAUUGAUGCUACCGAGUCGUUAGGCCAUACAUACGUUGCGCCAUACCACGACCCCACAGACGAGCCCAUUGCGGAAUUGAAGUUCGACUGGAGUUUCAACGACGCAGAUUUACCCGUCGACACAUGGAAGGUCAUGAUGUACAGUGAAAUCCUAGAUUUCCAUCAAGUCGGUGAGCAAAAACCUAAUGACUUGACGACCACUGCUGGAGGUGUCCCCGAAGGUGCACUGGCAGGCCCGGAAGAGGAGGCGGUCCCAGAAGCCGCGUCACCAGCGGAACCGAAAUCCGAGUAA